GUUUGUGAUGCUGAUUUUGCUUAAUUGAUUAAGUUCAGUAAUGACUGAUUAGUCUUAAUAUACUUACUUUGAAUGAUAAUUCCUCUCCAAGUUCAAACUUAUUAAUAUCUAAUGUAAUAAACGUAGGUGUAUCAUUGAUGACCAAAUUCAACACAACAAUACUAAUUGGUCCACUUUAUCCACAACGCGAGCAACUACAAGCAUGGGUCACAGAGAACAAAGGGACACUUACUUCAUUUACUUUGAGGAGCACAUCCAAAUCUGGAUCUCUCAUCACCAUUCCAGUAGAUGAAGAAGUCAUUGCAAACACUGAAUCCGAAGAAGAUGGACAAACAUUCUCAAUUGAAGUAAAAAUGUCAUUCCCAAGUGACCAAAAGAGAUGCUAUGUUUUGGUAUGUUCCAAUUGUGGACAAGAAGUCCGUUAUCCAAUCAUCAUAAAAAUUCACUGUAUGAAUUGCAACCAACAUAAGAUGCUCAUCCCCAGGUGUCGAUUUGAUGUAAAUCUCAAAGAUAGCUCUGGCUCAACAACUGGGAUGAUUAUGAACAAAGAAGGAGAAAAACUAUUAUCGCUAACUGCAAAACAAAUUUAUGAAAGAGCUUCCACUAAGAGCAACUGUCCACCUAUGAAAGAUGGACACGCAAGCUUUUUCAACAAGAUCUUCUCUAUUCGAGCCAAGAAAAAAUUUGCCCGUACUUCAAACGCAACUGCUACAAAAUUAUAUAUCCAAUCAUGCGUUGAAAAAGAAAAUACCACACAUUCUCUUCCAGCAGCACCAUACACAAUCAAUAUCUAAGAAGGAAGCAAAAGAAAACAAACAGUUGAACCAGAACAAGUGAG